AUGCUUCUUAAGCAUUUUCGAAGAGCACGCCUGGAAAAAGAAUGUGCCAUAGAACCUUUCGAUGAUGCUUCAUUUUGUAGCAAUGUCUCUAACAGCGCUACAAUGCAAGCUGCUUUCGAGGUACUCGUAGAACACCGAGACAGUGAACCAGUACGGCUUUUCCAUAAGACAGAAUAUGCUCUGGGCCUAAUGCUUGAAGUGCUCCAUAUUCCGCUUGUCGGGAAAUUACUUCGAACAGAUAAGGGAUUUGGUCAUGGGAUGAAGACUUGCUCCUACAUUAGCCAUUGCGUUCAUGUCCAACUAGAAAAACCAAUCCUGAAACGAAAAUCGUCCCUGCACUACCGUCACGUUGAUGAUUAUUGCAUUAUAUGUGCUACUCAGGAAGGGAUGGACACUUGUUUCGAGCCUCUAGACAAUCAUUCCCCUUACAUACGAUUCCGCGGGAGAAACCCAAAGAAAAUUGGCUGUGCUUAA